GUCUGUGUAUAUUGUAUACACCAUUCUUGGAGAUGUAUGUGUUUAUGUUGUUGGCAAGGAUGAGUAUGAUGAGCUUGCUUUGGCAGAAGUAAUCUUUGUAAUCACAUCAUCAAUGAAGGACAUUUGUGGAAAACCUCCAACUGAGCGCCUAUUCCUCGACAAAUAUGGAAAGAUAUGCCUGUGUCUUGAUGAAAUUGUUUGGAAGGGGAUGCUGGAGAACCCUGACAAGGACAGGAUUCGAAAGUUGAUAAGGCUAAAACCUCCUACUGAGGCAUGACCUGGAGACCUUUUGCUCUGUAUCUGUCAGGUCUAUGAAACCAGAUGGCCCAUUUCUUGGAUCAUCCUUCAUGUUCCCUAUCCGUUUCUCCAUCGUUGCUUUUUCUUUUAUUGUUUGUGUAUCAGCCAUGUUGUAUGCUGUUUUAUGGUUCUCCAAUGCAACAGUUGUCAAUGGGUUUUGUGAAAUAUUUAUUUAUUUAUUUUUGAUAUAUCAGAAUUCAAAAAGUUCCCCUAGGUGUUGGAAUCAAA